GACAGCGAGUUGAGGGACGAGCUGUGGUUCAUCGAGUUUGGUAGGGGUGCGGCGCUGCCGUUGACGCCCGAGGAGGCCCCAGUGGACGGAGAGCCGAUCGUGCCCUGCGCGCAGGGGAGAAUCGUUAUAGAAACAGCGCGGCCAGCGCAGCCCCAUUUUGCGACCUGCUCGACGUACCGGAGGCGGCCGAGGCUGCUGGGGGCAAACAGCGUGUCGAGUUUCGGGUACACGGACGGGCCCAAGGGCGCCGUGUCGAGGGGUGCAACCCUCCCUCAGAGUCCUGCAGCUCGACCCGAGGACCUGCGAGUGACCCCCUGGUACCUGGACGAGCCGCCAGGCACGCCCCUGGCAAACGACCACAGCUCGCACCCUCUCCUCCUCCUGCACCACGGGGACCGGGAAUCCGGUCGAGGGGACCUCUCUUCGACGCAGAACAGCAGCGUCGAGGGCGAGUUCCCUCGGCCUCCAGGUGCACUCCAGCGGAAGGCCUACAUGGACUUGAGGGACGCGAUUGCGCUGCUCGACGAGACCUGCCCGAACCCCGACGCCUCCGAACCCUCGCCCAGGACUCCGAGGACCCCGUUGACCCCCCAUCCGAAGAGCAAGAGGGCGCGGUCAAAGAGCAGCGACAACUCGUCCAGCUACAGCAACGAACGUCUCAGCGAGAAGUCAAUGGAUCCAUCGCGGAGUCAGGAGCGUGAGAAGAAGCGGCCCUUCCUGAGGAAGAUCGGGAUAUCGAAGACAGAGGACAGGCCCUUUCUCGCUAAGUUCGCGCCCAGGAUUAUCGGCAAGCCUUAUCUCGAGAAAAUUGGGCCCAGCAAGGCAGUGGAGAGACCGUUUCUCGAAAAAAUUGGGUCGUCUAAAACCGUUGACAAGUUCACGUUCAAUCUCCCCACGUCGAAGGCGCACUCUAACCCGAACGCUAAGAACCCGAUCGAGGAGCCGGUCAGGUCGCCAGCGCCCCGGCUGGUCCCGAGGGACGCGAGGAUCUCAUUCAGGAAGCGGUCAGGCAAGGGUCAGCUGCAGAAAAUGUACUCCUUUGAGACCGAGGAUUUGAACAGUUUCAAGGGUUCGAUGAGCCCGAUGAAGAGCCCGCGGGAUCCGUUGCGCGGUGCUUCUCUCGACGACGUCCUCGAGUCUGGGCCGAGCUCCCUGCCACCGCUUGACGUCACCGAAGAGCCGCAGGACUUCCCGGAACCGGAGGUUAAGUCACAGAGCGUUGCUGAGCUGGUAAAAUGCCGAAUAAUGUCCAGCGAGGAGAUCAUCUCCUCGAGCUCGUGCCUCAGCUCGCCUCAGGAAGCAGUCGGCUGGGGCAACUCGCCGAAGAGAAAAAAGGACGCGGCUUUGCGGACGCCAAACUCACCGACGAAGCGGAGGAUAUCGGGGGACUCUCCGGAGCCGAGGACGAAGGAACUGGCCGUCUUAAACCCCGGCGAAAGCUCGCCGACCAAGUCCAGGCAUCCCGUAUUCGUUCAGGGAAGCGCUACGCUUCCGAAGCAGAAGGACUCGGAGACCUCGCGGCGGCAGAGGUCCGAGGACAUUUUGGACAAAAUGCAAGAUACCCGACGAGGAAACGACCGCGCGAACUUUGAACGCCGAGGCAUAUCCUCCGACAACCUGAAACUCUCGAGGGAGAUGUUCAUCGCUGCGGCCUUCGAUCCGCCGUCGCGGUACCAGAGCCAGGACAUAUGCCAGCUGAGGAAGGAGACUGGGAGCAACAGGAAAUCGGAAUUCCCUGCUUCGAGCCAGGAGACGUCGCGGGAAGCGUUCAAGCAGCUCCACAGCAAGUUUGAGGCUGGAGACGGAUCUCCGUCGACGACGAGCUGCUCCGUCAGAUCGAGGCUCCAGCUCUACCAGGGCGAAAGAUCGGAGAACUCGACCUCCAACGAGCGCUCCGUCGAAGGCGAGGAGGAGGUGGCUCGCGGUGAAGAGGGAAGAGCCAGGAUGACUGGACGAACGGUGCGCUCGGUACUGAGGAAGCAGAAGAGCAUCGACCAGCAGGGUGACAUCCAGGAGGGUGAAGCGAAGUCGUUGCGCAAGCCGAAGCGGAGGAUAUUCCACGAGCCAAGCCAGGAGACUAUGGACCUUCUGACCGAACUGCGGAGGGUGAAAAGCCUACUGAAGACACCGUCGAUCGAGAAGCUCGACAAGCCGGAAGAGCUGCAGCCGCUCAGGUUCCCCAAGAAGGUCCUCCUUACCGAUCGAGAGUUCUGCUUAUCCAUCGAGCGCGAGAACAGCCUGAGGAGGCCGGACCCGGAGCCGGAAACGGCGGAUUCAGAGACCUGCACACUUCCGGGACCCGCGCUCUUCGAGAAAAGGUGCUUGUCGCUGGACUACGCCGACGAGGAAAAGCUGCCGAGACCGGAAACGCGCGCCAUAUCGCUUGCCUCGGCCAGGAGUCCGCCGUCCGAGACGGAGACCACGAAUUCCAUUGACUUUGGCCUGAUAUGCGACUCAAAGAGCUACUGUUCCGACGUAUUCAACACUCCGUCCGACGAGGUCGAGGCCUGCAAGGAGAAGACGCCAGAAGGCGUCGCAGAGAUCGACGUAUUCAGGGAUCAGAGUGAAGCGAAGCCUGACCGGAACCACUGCGCAGAGGUCGACAUCGCCAUUCCCAUCGACCAGAAGGCCAGCCCCAGACGAAGGGUUCAGAUUCAGGCGAGGACGAGCGACCUCUACGAGAUCAUUUCCCCCAGGUCGACGCCGUUCAGGGUCAAGAAAAGACUGAGCAAGAUAUCGGUCGAGGAAACGAUGAAGCAGGAGAGCUUCACAAUCGGGAAAACCGCCGUUGACUGCAGGUCAAUCGUUGUGCAGAAGAGGAACAAGUGCUUACCGUUAUAACACGCGGUCAUUUUAACAGGCUGACGUGAUCGACGCCGUUCGUUUAAGGAUCGUUACACCGAUGCGUCCGAAUCGAAAGUUAGGAAGAGAGCGAAGACCGUUUGAGAAAUCUUUAAUAAUGUCAUUUGUGCUAAUGAUGGUAACCACGAGGGAAAAAAGCAUUUUUACUAUGUGAUGUAAAUGAAUUUGAGCAAAGUCCAAUUACCCAAGACAAGAUAUUAUCAACUACUUGAGAAAAGGUUCAGAACCUUCAAAAUGAUUACACUGUAUUGGUUUUUAUCCAAUUAUCAUGGUUUUGGGCUCUUUUUGUUCACCACAGAGAUCUCUGGUGAUCGCUUUAAAAAUUUUACAAACAGUUAUCUUCAGAGUGGAUAAAAAUUGAUUAGCGCAAAUACAGUACAACCGAUGUUCGUGAAUAGUUAGUUAUACCAUGAUCUAAAAUUCCUUAAAUGUUUUACUGACGAUUUAUAAAUUUAUAGACAAUUGAUCAUUUCCAACGUUCUACUAACGAUGAACCUUUUCUGAAAUUCUUAAUUGUAUCUCAACUUGGACUAUUCGAAUUUGGUCAGAGUCUGAGGAUUUUUCGAUCGGCUCUUUCUCCUC